AUGGCCACCUUCGUGGAACUCAGUACCAAAGCCAAGAUGCCCAUCGUGGGCCUGGGCACCUGGAAGUCUCCACCGGGCAAAGUCAAGGAAGCUGUGAAGGCCGCCAUUGAUGCUGGGUACCGCCACAUUGACUGCGCCUAUGCCUAUCAAAAUGAGAAUGAAGUGGGAGAAGCCAUCCAAGAGAAGAUCAAGGAGAAGGCCGUGAAGCGGGAGGAUCUCUUCAUUGUCAGCAAGCUGUGGCCCACCUUCUUUGAGAAAAGCCUGGUGAAGAAAUGCUUUCAGAAAACCCUCUCGGAUCUGAAACUGGACUACCUGGACCUGUAUCUAGUUCACUGGCCACAGGGAUUCCAGGCUGGGAAUGAGAUUUUCCCCACAGAUAAAAAUGGCAAACUUCUCAUGAGUAAAUCCACAUUCUUGGAUGCCUGGGAGGCUAUGGAGGAACUAGUGGACCAGGGGCUGGUGAAAGCCCUGGGCAUCUCCAACUUCAACCACUUGCAGAUUGAGAGGCUCCUGAGCAAGCCUGGACUGAAACACAAGCCAGUGACCAAUCAGAUUGAGUGCCAUCCAUAUCUCACCCAGGAGAAACUGAUCCAGUACUGUCACUCCAAGGGCAUUGGCAUCACAGCUUACAGUCCCCUGGGCUCCCCAGACAGACCUCAUGCCAAGCCAGACGACCCUGUAGUAUUGGAGAUUCCUAAGAUUAAGGAGAUUGCUGCAAAGCACAAGAAAACUGCAGCCCAGGUUCUGAUUCGGUUCCAUAUCCAAAGGAAUGUGGUGGUGAUCCCCAAGUCUGUGACACCUUCCCGCAUACGUGAGAACUUUGAGGUCUUUGACUUCCAGCUGAGUGAUGAGGAGAUGGCCACCAUUCUCAGCUUCAACAAAAACUGGAGGGCCUGUGGCGUGUUUGCCGCAAUUAACGAAGAGGACUAUCCUUUCCACGAGGAAUACUGA